AUGCCAAUGGCUCCUUUGAGGACCGGGAUAAAGCCGUCAGUCCGGUGGCAGGGGCAUUACUCAAUAGAAGAUAGUACAUCAAAGCCUGCGGAUAAGAAGGAAUUUCCCCAAACAGCAGAAGAAAUGAAAGGAAGCAGUCUUGAAUGGAUGUCCUCACAUUUCCCACUAGACGCACCUCAGUUAUAUCGUGAGCACGUUGCAAGGCAAUUGCAUUUUAUGAGAGGCUGUGUAAGUAUUGGCGACAAGAGGAUCAGAGGAGGAUUCCCUUUGCCAGGUUCCGGUAAUUGGCCCCGAUACUGCAACAGUUGCGGCCACGUGCCCCCUCCCCCUCUCUCCUCCCCAAUUAACUCUCCUUUAAAAUGUUCCUCUUUUCAAUUUAUUCCCCUUCCGGCUCUUUCAACCGCCGCCGUCCUCAGGAGGCUCAAAGGAGGUGGGACUCUGGAAGCCGAUCAGGAUUUUAUAUCCUGUCUUAGAGGCGUUUAA